UUACGGCUCCUACCUAAUCUACUGACAAAUGUUAUGUAACGAUUGCAAAAACAAUAGACUGGAGUUUGAGGCCAAUACCCUUACACGUCACUGUUUUCAGUCACUUCAAGCAUGGCAUCCGUACAUACCAUGAGUUAUGAGGAUCGUCUGGACACUUGGAAGGACAGGUGGAACCGAGGAGCAAUUGGAUGGCACCAAAGUGACAUCAACUUUGCCUUGCAGAACCAUUCCUCUAAGUUGCUAACAAAACCAAAGUGCCGGGUGCUUGUGCCACUCUGUGGAAAGACCGUUGAUCUUGAGUGGUUAUAUAGGGAAGGACAUACUGUGGUGGGCAUCGAUGGAGUGGAGCAAGGGAUCAUUGAAUUCUUCUCUGAGCACAACUUACCACACAUCACUGAAAAAUUGUCGUGGGGAAAAGUGUUCAAGACAGAAGAUGAGAAACUAAAAAUCUACUGUUGUGAUAUUUUCAAGAUGGAUGUGCAAAGCUUAGGAAAAUUUGAUGCGGUCUGGGACAGGGGUUCACUUGUUGCCAUUUAUGAAGAGGACAGAGAAAGAUAUGCUGAUUUAAUUAAAGGUUUACUUGCACCAGAGUUUUGUUACUUGGUAAAUAUUAUCCAGUACACACCCAAAGGAACAUUCAGAGGCCCACCAAGAAAUGUUCCAACUAAAUUAGUGCAAGAGUUGUUUGGUGACAUGUGUGCAUUGCAAGUGCUGGAGACCAGACUCUUGGAGGCUGCCAAUGAAUGGAAAUUAGAGAGUUUUAAAGAAUUGGUGGUGCUCCUCACUCCACGGGUGUAAGGCAACAUGCUGAUGGCACACUCCUUACUGAAGUUGGUCAGGCAGUCCAAGAGGUGUUAAGAGUAUAUUUUCCUAAUCAACUUUGGCAGUGUAUGUAUUACAGGAACAAGAAAGUUUUGGACUAUAGUAUACUACUAAAGUACAUCUCCAAAGCCUUGUUCUCUCAUGGGAAUCUCUCUCAAGGAGCUGGCCAUGGCAGAAGUGUCUCCAGUUAUCCCUGUUCUAGUAUUUCCUCUUAGUACAUUCCAUCACUCACUUACUAACUCACUCCCUCUAUCUUUCUCUUCUGCUCUCUCACUAACUCCCUCCCUCUAUCUCUCUCUUUUGCUCUCUCCCUCUCCAGCACUCAUCCUCUCCAUUUGUUCAUUUUACAGGUGGUCUCCUCCUGACACCCCUAUCUCAAUCCUGCCUGUAUGUACCAUAUUUCCUGCCAUAUAAGACGCUCUGGAGUAUAAGAUGGCACCUGUAAUUUGGCAAGACAUACUAAGAAAAAAAUAUAAAAACCACAUUUUCAUUGAACUUAAUGUAUAUGUAGUAUUACAUUUGGCCACUUUACUUACAAUUAUGACUACGAUACCGUACAUAGCUCUGUGCCCUUCUCUGUGUUCAAUGUGUUCCACUGUUGGUUGAAGAAUUACAGUGCUCUUACCCCUAGGACCUGUGACAUUGAAAUGGUAAAAAAAAGGGCUGAUUGGUAGAUUCACUCACUGCGCAGCGUGCAGGCGGUACCUUUCGCCAAGUUAUGAAGGAACUAAUCACACGGGGAUGCGACAUUCGAUGGGCAGUCUUCGUGUUGAUUUUUACUUUCAGGGACUAUACAGUAUACCUACUUUCAAGUAUAAAGAUAUGUUGGUUGAUUAAUUUCUGUCAAUCAUAUGUUUUAAUAUACUAGUUAUUUUUACAAUGAGAAACAAAAAUGUGUUUACAUUAAACACUUUAGUCAUCCACGGAUAUCCAUUCUUUCGAACAUGUAUCACAGAAAAUGUCAGCUGACCGAGCCACUGCACAGCAGAAAUACUAGCUCCAGACUAAUCCAUCAGUCAUGUUUGGAAUAAAGCAGUAAUAUAGAUGAAUUGGUGCACUGAAAACAAAAUCUCUAAGGUGUCUGGCUACACAUGGAGACUUACUGAGUGGGGUGAGGCCAAUGAAAUUGUUUAUUUCUAUAUGAAAUACAUAAUACAGACAUGUCAAUGAGUGACCUUUCCUGGAUGCAUAUUCCUGAGAUGUAUGCAGGUUUGAGUCAUAGGGAAAUUCCAGCCAAUUGCAGCUAUCAUACUGUCACUCAACAGUUGUGUGGCCAAUGGUGGGCAAAGCUUAGCUUUCUGCACACUCAAGGGCAGCACACUCACCUACCCACUCUCUGUAUUCCUCUUCCUCCCUCCUUCCCUCCCUCUCUAUAUGUCCCCUGGCCACAUACCCCAAACUUCCAAAGGGCUGUCAUGUACAGAUAUACAUUACUUUGCAAUAAUAUUUGCACUAAGUAUCAUACCAAUUUCUUUACAUGUACAUAUAAGCAUUUUUUUUAUAUUGGUUGAUAUUGGUUGAACACCAUCCUCACUUUUCUGGUUGAACAUUUUCCCAAUCAUGGACCAUUUCUUGAGCAUCAAAGACUGUAUUGCUUCUGCUCAUUGGAUGUUAUGGGUUGGGUUGCCAGUUAUUCAUUAUUCAUUUUGCCAAGUUGGUUUGAUGUUGUUGUACCAAAAAAAAAAAAAAAAAUGUAUAUUCACCAGAUGUGCCACUUAAACAUUAGGGUAAUGAUUAUGAUAUGAAUGGUAUAUCAUAUAAUUAUUAUUUAGAGUUAGCUUGGUGUAAAAAUAAAUGGAUCAUUUCAAGAACCAGAGGUGGUAUAUGCGACUUACUUCUCAUCUUUCAGGAUUAGUAAGGGUAAGAGAAUCCAGGAAUGUGAAAAAUAGGGAAUAGUACAAACUUGUGAAAAAAAAAGUUGAUUAUCACCAUAUUGUGAUGAUGAUGAUUUCCAUUUUAUAAGCAAAAUUAUUUAUAGCAAUUUUGAAGUGUUGACACAAGAGUUAAUAGUGCUUGCAAUAUGGGCUAAUGCAAGACUCUCUUGUAUCCCUAUCACAGCUGCCAGCAACCCCAAGAAUGCCUAUCACAUCCAUAUAAAAGAUAUUUUUCUCAA